GAUAACGUAGCACAAGCAAGGUGAGGCAAAAAUUAAAGGAGAAACAGAGUCAGUGUCAGUGAAGAAUAGAAUACUCCGGUGCAAGCAUUUUUCUUUUGUUUGCUUUGUCUCUCAGUAAUGGUUAGAUCGCUCCUUACAAUCUAACGACGUCGCGUUUCUCUAUCUGAACUAAUGGUUUUGAAGAGAGAAGACGCUUCCACUCCUUUGGAAUGGAAGUUCUCUCAGGUCUUCGGUGAAAGAAGUCCUGACGAAGAAGUUCAAGACGUUGAUAUCAUAUCAGCAAUUGAGUUCGACAAGACCGGUGAUUACCUUGCCGUCGGAGAUCGUGGUGGUCGUGUUAUUAUUUUCGAAACAGAUAUCGGAAAAGAUACACCGAGCCAGCAGUUUUCAAUAAAUGAGAUGGAGCAAAUGGAUUCAAGUCAAACAAUGCAUAUUCAGUAUCAAUACAAAACCGAAUUUCAGAGUCAUGAGCCUGAGUUCGAUUACUUGAAGAGUUUGGAAAUUGAAGAGAAGAUUAACAGACUUAGAUGGUGUGCAACAACCAAUGGAUCAUUGUUCAUCCUUUCGACAAAUGAUAAGACGAUUAAACUGUGGAAGGUUUAUGCUCCUAGACAAAAAACUAUUAAGGAUCGGAAGGUGAAGAAAGUAAAAGAAAUGGACCCCUCUCCUUAUGUGUAUUCAGAAAACACUCUUCUAGCUGAGAUGAGUUUCAUGAGCAAGCAAAACACGCAGUCUGUACCCAAUGGAUAUCUUCAGUGGACAGAGAAUAUGGAUAAGAACAUGUCACCAUCUCAAGAAGUGCACACCAAGAUUGCCAAUACUGGAGACAGUGCUCAUACUAGAUGUCAAAAGGUGUUUGGGCGUGCUCAUGAUUUUAAUAUCAACUCAAUCUCAAAUAAUAGUGAUGGGGAGACGUUCAUCUCUGCAGAUGACCUCCGAAUAAACUUGUGGAACCUUGAGAUCAGUGGCCAGUGUUUUAAUAUUGUUGAGAUGAAGCCAUCAAACAUGGAUGACCUUACUGAGGUCAUUACUUCAGCACAGUUUCAUCCAAUUCAGUGUAAUCUGCUUGCAUACAGCAGCUCGAGAGGUUUUAUUAGACUGGUUGACAUGCGGCAGUCUGCGUUGUGUGAUAAUAGUGCAAGAAUAUUACAUGAUUCAGAAUCCCAUGGGUCAAAAUCUUUUUUUACGGAGAUAAUGGCAUCCAUUUCUGACAUAAAGUUUGCAAAAGAUGGGCAGCAUCUCUUAAGUCGUGAUUAUAUGAAUUUAAAGUUGUGGGAUAUGCGUAUGGAUUCUACACCAGUUGCAACAUUCAAGAUUCAUGAGCACCUACGCCCCAAGCUAUGUGAGUUGUAUAAUGAUGACUCCAUAUUUGAUAAAUUUGAAUGCUGUGUCAGUGGAGAUGGACUACAUUUUGCAACUGGAUCCUAUAGCAAUCUUUUGCGUAUCUUCUCCUGUGGUAUUGGAAGUGCAGAAGGGGUCACAAUUGAAGCUAGCAAAAGUAGAAACAGAAGGUCAAUACUUCAAGCUGCUCCAAGGUUGAGAAGGUCUUCUUUAAGCAACCUGACUCGUGGGUUUUAUCGGCAAGGGCAUGCAUAUUUCAGCUCAGAUAGUAAUGAAUUUUCGGGUAAAGUGAGCUCCAAGCUGCUGCAUUUAGCAUGGCAUCCAGCCAAAAACUUGAUUGCCUGUGGAUCUGGAAAUAGCGUGUUCUUGUAUUGCGCAUAGUUCCCUGAACCGACAGACGUAAAUAUAUUAGAAUCCAAAUCAAACAGGAUAUAUUUGUUACAAAUCACAGAAUGGGAAAAGUAAAAAUUAGAAAAUGAAAUUUCUCUCUCCUCUCGUGAUGUCUUUGUCAGUUUGUGUAUAAAGUCAAUGAGUUAGGUAUUAAAUGAAUUCAAUUACAUGGAGAUGGAAACUCUCUUAGCAACUCUUCAAUGAUGAGGUUGCUCCACCUAUAAUUUAUAUGGUAAGUCUAAUGCUUCCUCCCU